AAUUCAUCAAUUGUUUUUGAAGCAAUAGUUUCAUACACUUCUCUCUCUCUCUCUCUCAAACUAAAAUCGUCCAAGAAAUUCUAAUCAAAAAAUCUCAAAGAUGUCGUGGCAAACAUAUGUUGAUGAGCACCUCAUGUGCGACAUUGAGGGCAACAAGCUCAGCGCCGCCGCUAUCCUCGGCCUCGAUGGCAGCGUUUGGGCCCAGAGCGCCAAUUUCCCUCAGAUAAGCCCAGCGGAAAUCACUUCUAUCUUGAAGGAUUUUGAUGAGCCCGGGUCUCUCGCUCCCACUGGCAUGCACAUUAGUGGUGCAAAAUACAUGGUGAUUCAAGGCGAGCCAGGCGUGGUUGUUCGAGGCAAGAAGGGGCCUGGUGGCAUUUGCAUCAAGAAGACUACCCAGUGCUUGCUGUUUGGGCUAUAUGAUGAGCCAAUGACUCCAGGCCAGUGCAACCUGGUUGUUGAAAGGCUUGGUGAUUACCUGGUUGAUCAGGGCUUUUAAGUAUUCUGGUAUUGCUCCAAUAAUGGCUCCUCCAUGCUGCUGAGAAGUCUAGUAGUGAUAGGGUUUUCAUAAUAAUGUCUUUCCUUCUCCCUUGGGAGAGUUGUUUUUUCAUGUUUUGGGUUGUUUCGUUGCAGUGAAUUUGAUUACACUGCUUAUUAGGUUCUUGGGUCUGUGAAACUUUUCAAGUUUCCCUUUUUUUGUUAUUUUAUAAUCUCAGUUUGUAAUUGGGGAGCUGUAUCUAAAUUCCAAAUAAACAAGUUUGUUAUAAACUAUUCUUUAAUCUAUCUGGAUGUUUGCA